CACUCAGCUUCUCGGAAAGUGCCAGUAAGUGAGUUAGAGGCAGUGUAUCCGCCAUUUACAGUUGGGAGGAAGAACGUGUCUAUUUUCGAGCUGAGAGAUUCGCCUGUUUUACCUUCUUUGCCCCCCUCCCCCGUUCUGUGUGGGGGGCCCGGGCUUGGGUCUACGAUACUUGUUCGUUAAGGAAACCGGCUGGGCGUAUUUUUUAUUUGAAAAGUCGAUUCCAGUACAAGAGGAAGAGAAGAAGCCGGGAUGUUACGUAUGUGGACAGCUCUGCAGUGAGCCUCUCCCCCGGCAGAUCGACCUUACCCUGGGGUUUUCUAUUGUUGCAGCAUCCCGGCCUAGUCCAUCUGGCAGCCUGCACGUCUGUCGGCUAUUUAAAUUUUGGUGACUUUUCUUUAAAACCAUGGGCAUCGCAUCCAUUUUGAAAGCUUGAAAGAGCAGAACCUUAUGGCAUCGACGGGGCAGUCGUGGCGUUGUAUAUUAUCUGUGCUUAAAAUAAACCGACGCAUUUCCAUAACCGUGGAAUUGUUCUAGUGAGGGAACAGAAACUAGCAGCAUCGCUGAAAGGGAUUGUUGCGUUGAUUGUCCCUUUUUUUGUUCUGGCCGUUUUAAAGUAUAUUAUUUUUGGAGUUAAUCCGGGAAUAAGGAACUGUUUUGGCUUUGUUUAUAUCGGUUGGAUUUUCAUUUUCAUUUUAAAUUUCUUUAUCGCCCUUUUGAGAAAUGAAGACUGGAUGAAAAUUGUUCGAAAUUUUUAAUUAAGGAUGGAUGGAUCACAACAGAUGAUCCAUGUUUAUGUCGCUGCGUUGCAACUGAUUGAGUUGGACAAUAUUGCGUAUCUCAUUUUUUAUAUCGGAACGCUUCAGUUCCAGGGACCCGACUGUUUGCGCAAACAUAACAGGGAAUUAUUUUGACUUCUCAAAGAAAAUCAGGUUGCAUUUGUCUUUACGCGUAAUUGGUACUUUUUAUUGCAUUUCAACCAUUUGACCGGCAGUGUGCUUCGCGUUGAAAUCUUGUUUGAAGAGAAACCACUGAAUUCUUCUGGGGAAGUCUUUUGGGAAUUGAGUUUUUGUGGAAAUGUCGGAAAACGCAGACAAUGUUGGGUCUUUGUUGCGCCCCCCUAAAAAUGGUACCAAUUCGAGUUCAGAUACGACAAUAGGGGAGCGUUUUGGAGUAAGUUUGAGAAAAAAAGAAGAGUUUAAGGCUCUUAGGAGGCGGCGACAUACUAUGGAUAAGGACAGCAAAGCAGAGCACCAACGUUUUAUCAGGAGAAGUGUGAUCUGUGAUUCCAACGUUACAGCGUUGGACCAUCUGCCCAGUAAGACAUGUAUUAUCGUUUCGCCACCCGAAUCGGAUAAUGCAGCUUCAUUAAUAAGCAGUAUUACUAUUAAUAACGAAGCGCAACCUCCUGUACAAGCUACGACAGUUGACUCGGUCACUGCGGCAAUUCCUGUUUUUGCCGGAGAAAAAUGUGAAAAGUGCGUUGAUGGCAAUACGAAGGAUGGAAGCACAGUUGCUGGAAUUGGCGAUGAACGACCGAGAACUGCUGUUCGUUCGCUCGAUGCCGAUGUUUGCAACCAUGCAGGGACUACAACCAGUAGCAGCAAAGACAGAAAAAAACAAAAAUCAGUUCCAAUUAAAGAGGAAACCGAGUUGAAAGCUAACGAUGAUGAUAGUUCAGAGAGCAAAGAAGCGGAAGAGGCAAAAAAUCAGGAGAGGAAGGCGCAAGAAGAUAAUGAAGAAAUAGAGACUAAGGCUGUGGCAACCUCCCCCGAUGGGAGGUUUUUGAAGUUCGAUAUAGAAAUUGGGAGAGGUUCUUUCAAAACCGUCUAUAAAGGUCUAGACACAGAAACUACAGUGGAAGUAGCUUGGUGUGAAUUGCAGGAUCGAAAGUUGUCCAAGUCGGAAAGGCAAAGGUUUAAAGAAGAAGCUGAAAUGUUAAAGGGCUUGCAGCAUCCAAACAUAGUCAGAUUUUAUGACUCUUGGGAAUCAACUUUAAAGGGAAAGAAAUGCAUAGUAUUGGUGACAGAGCUGAUGACAUCGGGUACUCUGAAAACUUAUUUGAAGAGAUUUAAGAUAAUGAAAAUCAAAGUGCUUCGCAGUUGGUGUCGUCAAAUUUUGAAGGGUCUUCAUUUUCUUCAUACUCGGACACCACCCAUCAUACAUCGAGAUUUGAAAUGUGACAACAUCUUCAUUACAGGCCCUACUGGAUCAGUUAAAGUUGGGGAUCUUGGCCUAGCUACACUAAAAAGGGCAUCAUUUGCAAAAAGUGUGAUAGGUACCCCUGAGUUCAUGGCUCCAGAGAUGUACGAAGAAAAAUAUGACGAGUCUGUUGAUGUUUACGCUUUUGGGAUGUGUAUGCUAGAGAUGGCAACCUCAGAAUACCCAUACUCGGAAUGCCAGAAUGCUGCUCAGAUCUAUCGUAGAGUAACCAGUGGUGUGAAACCAGCCAGCUUUGACAAGGUAGCAAUCCCUGAAGUUAAAGAAAUAAUUGAAGGAUGUAUUCGCCAGAAUAAAGAUGAACGGUAUGCAAUCAAGGACCUAUUGAGCCAUGCCUUCUUUCAGGAAGAUACUGGUGUUCGUGUAGAGUUGGCAGAAGAAGAUGAUGGAGAAAAGCUUGCAAUUAAGCUUUGGCUACGAAUUGAAGAUAUUAAGAAACUUAAAGGAAAGUAUAAGGAUAAUGAAGCCAUAGAAUUCUCAUUUGACUUGGAAAGAGAUGUUCCGGAGGAUGUGGCUCAGGAAAUGGUGGAAUCUGGAUUUGUAUCUGAAGGAGAUCACAAGACCAUGGCUAAAGCCAUUAAAGAUCGUGUAUCUCUGAUCAAACGGAAACGAGAACAGCGCCAGUUGGUAAGAGAAAAACAGGAAAAGUUAGAGGAACAGCAGAAGAAGCAUGAUUCAUUGCAGCACCAGAAAACUCAACAAGGAGCCAGUAUCUCUCAAACUGGAGGGGGACAUCCUUCCCAGUUAUCUGCCACGGCACUUCCUUCUGCCCUUACUGGAGCUCUGCCAACUCAAGUUGAACCAGAAGAGCCUGAAGCAGAUCAACAUCGUUUGCAGUACCAGGCAGCUGGAAACUCUGUUACAUCUGAUGGCACAUUUGACAGUGGCCAGAGUUCAUCUGGAUUUUCAGAUUCUCAUGGCAGCCAAACUGUUGGCUAUGGUUCUGCUCAAGAACAGCAUAUUUCAAGUCAGACUCCCCCAAAUAUCCAGGCAGCAUCACAACAGCAUGGUAGCCAUCAGCAUUCUACAGGGCAGUCCCCAUCUCUAGUGCAUCCUUGUGGGGGAGUUCCAUCACAACCAGAGACUGUUUCAUAUCCACCUAUUCCUGAAAGACCAUUUUCUUUCUCUCCACCACCAAGUUUUUCUCUGAAAGUUGCUAAUUCUCAACGCCGCAAAAGUACUUCCAUCCUGGAAGCUCAUACUCACCAUUUUCAGCCAAUACUAAGGACUGCAGGCCAAAAUGCUUUCUCUGCUGAUGAUUUUACAAAUCGGAAUUCUGAAAGCUCAGCUGUUACGGGCUUCGUUGCUCAUCGAUCCGCCAGUGAACCAAUCCAUAUUGAAGGCCAAGUGCAACGAGAACAAAGUCAAGCCUUUGAAAACAAGUUGAGUCACAUUGAGGGAAAAGUGUAUCCAUGUUGUAUGCAAUUACAGCAAACUUCACAUGAUCCGUAUGAGAUUGUAACUUGCAACAGCCUUUCAACUUGUGCAUUUACUUUGCAUCAAAGUCCAGCAGAAGCAAACCUAAAGCAUCAGCAGAUUUAUUCUCAGCCCUUGAGUUGUGAGGAAUCCCUGAGUGGUCAAAGUUUGUUGUCGUGCCCACGACAAAGCCUCACCGGUCAUGCGCCUCAAAUAUUGCAGAUGGCUUCUUCUAAAGUACCAGCUCAAGUUUCAAACUUAGCUUCUCAUUUUCCACUGGCUCAAGACAUGAUGCAAAAGCAUGGGCAGCAUUGCAGGAUUGGAGAGCCACAGGCAGUGUUUCCACCGCCAACUAAAGUAUUUCUCCCAGUACAGAAUGGUAAAGAUGCUCAAUGUGAACCUGUAAUGACUAGCAUUGUUUCAAAAAAUACUGUUGGAACUAUGAAUACAAUGCUAACUGUUCAACACUUGACUGCCCCUCAGUCUGCACCACCUAUCCUUACACAGGUAAAUGAGGGCAGAACUGGAUCAAUCUUUGAAUUUCAAGUUCCUGCAGUGCAGAUGGAAGGUAAUGGCAUCCACAUUCCCCUUCCAUCAUUAACUCAGAGAGUUUACCGAAAUCGAAGGGCUUCAGUGGAUUUAAGCUUAGAGGACGGUCAAGGGACUGGAUUGUACAGCAGGCUUCAACCAGUGACUGAAGAACAGGUGGUUUAUUUUAGUUCGGAUGCUCUGGUGUUGCCGAGUGAUUUCCUGCAAAGCAGAUGGCCUAUGUCAGAAGAAUUUGCUCAGCAUCUUAGUCCACAGUGUUCAAGUGACUCUGGUCAAUCAACUUCCUCUGAGACCAGAGAGUUCCAGUCACCACCACCUUUUGGAUUCCUGAUGCCAUUCUCCAGUUUAGCAUUGUAUUGUGAGCAGCAGCAGGUUUUGCCAAAACAUGGCAUGCAUUAUGAAACGUUGCAAGGUGUGCCUGUUUCAGUAGCUUCACAACCACCCAUGUUAAAGCAGUUCAACACUGAGUCCUUUCCGACAACUUCAGGGACAGCUGGCUUGUAUCAGCAAUUCAUGGAAGGAUCUUGGCCCCAUCCUGUUACAUUCCAGCAGAACUUUGCAGUGGAUUACAGUUCUGCAGAUGGACACAGUCUACCUUUGCAGGUGCAAAUGCAGAGCCACCCGCCACCUACCAGUCUUCCUCUAACUGUGUCAAAUCAGGCAGCCCCGCAACCACCUCCAGGGUCCAUGCAGCAGACAAACAAGUUUGGCAGUUUCUGCACCCCUGCGUAUCUUCCACAGCCGGUACCACAGCAGCCUGUGCAGUAUUCAGUUCCGCAGAUGGCAUCCAGUGGCUCGGUUUCAAGUCAAAUAGUUGCUCAGCCCCAAGGUCUACCUAUCAGUCAAAUGCAUGCUGCUCAGCAAGGUCCUGCUUCAUCACAGAAUUACUCCACCCAGUUGCCGGUUGUUACUCCAAGCCCUGUAAAGACUUCUGGAGGUGUCCAGUCCACUGUAGUUUCACCACCACUUCCAGUUUCUGUAGAUCUUGCAUCUCAGCCUGUUACACAAGCGUCGUAUCAUGUUGGUCUUGCUGCAGGCGUGGCUCAAACCUAUAUUGACUCUACCGUACCCGGACAAACAAGACUACUCCAGCCUUGUACCUCCACUGUUCAGCAGACCCAGACAGGACAAAUACAGACACAGGCAUCCCAAGAGGGGACCCAGGCUCCAAUGCAGGCGGAACAGUUGCAGUUAUGCUCAUCUGUGGACAGUGCUCACUCAGAUGUUGCUUCUGGGAUGAGUGAUGGGAAUGAAGGCCUUCCAACAGGUGGAAGACAUGAAGGGCGAUCAGCAAAGCGGCAUUGUCGUAAAUCUGUGAGGAGUCGUUCACGUCAUGAAAAAUCAUCGAGACCAAAGCUACGAAUUCUUAAUGUUUCAAAUAAAGGAGACAGAGUUGUGGAAUGCCAGUUGGAAACGCACAAUCGAAAAAUGGUUACUUUUAAAUUUGAUUUGGAUGGUGACAACCCAGUAGAGAUAGCCUUUAUUAUGGUUCAGAAUGAGUUUAUCCUGGAGACUGAGAGAGAAUCGUUUAUUGACCAAGUAAGGGAAAUUAUUGAGAAAGCUGAUGAAAUGCUGAGUGAAGAUCCAAGUGGGGAGCCAGAAGGUGAUCAAGGAUUGGAGACUGUAAAAGCCCAGGUAGCUGCUUGCUUUAAUCAAGCACAGAAAGCAGAAGGCAAGUACAAACAAGAAGAGCCACUGAUAUCAGCACCUGUUCAGUUAGGUACACAAGCAAGCUCUGCAACACAAGUGGUCCAUUCUGCUGGAAGACGGUUUAUUGUAAGUCCUGUCCCUGAGAGCCGACUACGAGAACCGACUUUUAACAUGGGUGUCACUUCAAUUAAAGAAAUUCAAGCAGCUGUUUCCCAUAGUCACAAUCUAAACCUAUCGCACUCAGCUUCUUCAGUGAGCUUGCAACAAGCCUUUUCAGAUUUAAAGCAUAAACCAUUUCAAGAAGGUCCUAAUACUGCUCCUCCAAUCUUCAAUCAAACUAUGGCACCAUUUACUACGGCACAUCCAGAAAUGACCAGUAUUGGCCAAGGAAUUCACAUACAAAUGGCGGUAUCGUCAUCAGCACCAGCUAGUCUCAUAACUGCUAGUUCUGCAUCCCAAGCCAUGGUACAGAAUAUUCAAUCUCAGCCAGCUGAGUUAAAUAGCGAAAGCAUUGCUGCUGUCAUUGGCCCAAAUUCCAUAUUACAUCCUCCAACCUCUCAGUCAGCUCAGCUGUCUGUUUGUGGCCCUGCUGCUACUGUUAGUGUUCCAAGUUGUGCAUCUCCACCUUGGACCCCUCAGUCAGGUCAGCAACUAAUUAGUGGCCAUGUUACGAGUGUUUCAGUUGUAAGCUCAUUAGUGCCACCAUUAACAUCACAAGGUAGUCAAGCUCUGAUUGAAGAAACUACUAUCAGUGUAGGACCUUCAACAUCUGUUUCCCCAUCUUCCACUGAGGCUGUGAUUUUGCCAGCCCCUCAGCAGCUUAAUGGGGGGUCUGUGGUCAGCCUGGCAGAAUCUUCAGUUUCAAUGAACUUGUUUCAGAGCCAGAAAGAGAACUUGUAUAGUGGAACCCAAGCUGAAGUCCAUCCGAUGGACGGUAAUAUAGUCACACUGGCAGUUUCCACCUCACCAUCAUUAUUGCAACCUGUUUGUGGCACUCAAUCUCCUGUGGUUCAAACGGUUACUUCGCAACAUGCCAUCCUACCUCAAACAAUGGGCAUUUCUGUGCCCCUGGCAACCCAGACCCCUGUACCUGUCACAGGAACUGCACAGCCUGUUUGCAGUAUUCCUUCUGUUCAACAAACACUGAUUCACAGUCGGCCUCAAACAGCUUUUCUUCCAAAUCAACCCCAUAUUCAUUGCUCUGAAGUGGACAUAGAUUUGAACACCAAAGGAACAGGCAUUGAUAAUAUCAAGACCUUAGAUGAAAAGCUUCGAUCCUUGUUCAGUGAACAUAGUGCUGCAGGCUGUGCUCACAUUUCAGCCUCUUCAGAGAUGGGAUUGGUUGCAGAAUCUACCACAGUUGAUAGUUUGCUCAUUUCAGGAAAAGCAUCUGCUGCUCCAGGGACUUCAACGGUUACUGUUGCAUCCUACCCAGUAACUGCCACAGGGUCUGUCAUACCUCCUUCUAGUCUACCUCUUGGCCCUACAGGACUCCCCUUAACUGUCCAACAACCUUUGACUCCGGCCAGUUAUACCGUAUCCUUGACGAGUGUCAUUACAACUGCAGGGCGGCCGGGCACUCCACCUUCCAAGCCACCACUUGGCAGAUUACCAGUGCAACAGCUAAGCACGGAAGCUCUUGAUCAGCAAUUAAAACAAGCUCUCACUCCACCCACUGAGCAGUUGCCAUCUUUUCCAGGACCUUCACUAACCCAGUCACAACAACCGUUAGACACUUUGGAUGCCCAAUUAAGACGUGCCCUGAGUCCAGAAACUGUGACAAAUGUACCAGUUCCUGUCACAUCAGUACAGGGUAUAAUUUCUGUAAAUGGGUCAGUUGUACCUCCUGGACAGAGCUAUACAACAGCUGGUCUGCCUGGAGAAGGUCAUAUCCCACAGCUAGGAGACAUUAAUAUGGCUUUUUCAGAAGGUAAUUUGGGCUGUCCUGUGCUAGUGUCACAGUCUCAUGAGGAAGGUGUCAUAGAGUCAAACACAACUGUAACUACUGCAACUGGAAGUGGAGUUGUUAAAAUGGGACGUUUUCAGGUUUCUGUUGCAACAGAUGAUGUCUUGUAUCAAGAAGCAAAUGAUAAGCAGGAAGAAAGUAAGCUGAAACAUGUGUCAGAUGAGUCUUGCUUUUCUGGAAGCAGUCCUGAAAGUACAGUGAUUAAAUCUGAACAUGACAGUCACGAAGAUGUGGUGGAUAGUGUCUCAGUAACUCAAAGCAAAAACAACAGAUCUCUGCCAUACCAUGAACACCAAGAACAGGAGCCAGCUCAUAAGGCAAAUAUAGGACGAUUCCGGGUCACGACACGACGAGACACUGUUGGCCGCUUUUCAGUAUCAAGGACACAGGAUGAAGUGACGUAUGAAGCUGGCUUGGGAGUCGCCCCUUACGUUCCUUUGAGCACUGCUCCAUUGACGGUAAUUUCCUCUGUGGCAGUGGAUCUCUUUAGAGCUUCAGAUCAAAUUUUACCAUCAAAAGAAUCAACUGGUACAGAUCAGUAUGUACAUGUGAAUGGACCAGUUCUGCAGGAGACAGGACAGCAACCUUGUUCUAAGGAACAGGAUCAAAUGCAGGUUGAUAGUGCAGGGAGCUCAGUCUCCCCCCACUCGCCAGAAUCAAAGAGUGCCACCAUUGUACAGAACCUUACCAAUUCUUUUAAUUCCUCCUACAUGAGCAGUGAUAAUGAUUCAGAAAUUGAAGAUGAAGACAUGCGAAAAGAACUCCACAGGUUGAGGGACAAACAUUUGAAGGAGAUCCAGGAGUUGCAGUCAAGACAGAAGCUGGAGAUAGAGGAACUCUAUAUCAAAUUGGGUAAAGCACCACCAGCUGUAAUAAUUCCACCUGCAGCACCCCUGUCUGGACGUCGUAGACGGCCCACUAAAGGGAAAAGCAACAAAUCUAGUCGAAGCAGUUCCCAAGGACAAAAGAGUCCUUUACCAUCUGGAUCCUUAACUGCUCAGAGUACUGCUUCAGUUUUAACAUCACAGCAGAUGCUUUUGCCACCCCCAAGUACGCAAGAAUUCACUGUUUCUGGACAAGGUCAAUUGCUGAAACCAUCACCAUCUAGUGAAAAUUUGUACUCUGCUUACACCAGUGAAGGGGUGAUUUCUGGACAAAGUGCGCCUGGAACUGCACAAGGCUCAGCAUCGUUUCACUGUGCAUCAGAGCAAGUGACUUUUAAACUUGGCGGCAGAAGGACAAGGUUUCUGAGUACGCCCUGUCUGGCUCUUUGGAAGAUGGUGAAAAAAGUCUGCCCAUGCAACCAACUGUGUAGAACAACCAGUACAAAUGCAGUCAGUGGAGUUGGAUCGAUGACUCAGCCACAACAGCCAGCAAUAACGAGUAGAAAAGGCACCUUCACAGAUGAUUUGCAUAAGCUAGUGGACAAUUGGGCUCGAGAUGCUAUGAAUCUCUCGCAGAACAAGCGUGGCAUGAAACAACAAGGCCAACAUUACUCUGAAACGAUGCCAAGGAAGUAUUCAGCACCAGGUCAGCUUUGUGUCUCCAUGACAAACUCUGCUGCCUCAGUUGGCUCCUUGGGCCCUUUCAGCAAGACUCCUAUCUGCCAGUAUGGUUAUCCUGGAACGCCUUACGGUGCCCAGUGGACUGGAGCACCACCUCAACAGCAACCAAGCAUUAUACCACCGACACCAGGUCUCCAGUUUCAAGCAGUUGGCUCCACUUCACUACAGAGUUUUCCGUUGGGAACUUUGCAGAAAUCUGUCAGCAAUCCUUCUGGAUCCAAUCUUAGGACAACGUAGAUGUGUAAUUCUAAUUCUGGAUAGGUGUGAUCAAUAGACUGUGUGGAAUUCAAGGUUUAAUGGCCUCUGCUGAUGUUGCUGGGGUUAGGUCAUGGAGUUUUAAAACGUACAAAUGACUGACACUGCUUUUAUAUACACAGCAUCAUUUGAGAGCUAUUUUACUAGUUCUGUUUCAAACAGCGUUCUGUGUGGACAUAUAUUUACCCAUCAGUUUUUGAUGUUCAAACACUGUGAUAUAUAAAUGUUGUUGGACAACAGUAGUUAAAAAUGGAUUUAGAGGGUUUAAAGUUUAAAAAAAAACAAAAAAAAACUAAAGCUAGCUAUAAUCCAUACUUAUCAGAGACACUUUAAUUUCUUUGUUACUUUAUUGUAUUAGGUAAAUAAAUGUGAAUGUAAAAUUGUAUAAAUGUACUUGAAUACCUGUUUUCCCAGUAUGCUUGCUGGAUUCAUAGUGCCUUGUAUUGUGCUUCUGACUUGUCUGCAGGAAAGCACUUAGUGUCCCCAACAAAAAAAAAUAAAGAGGAAGAGAGCAAGUGAAAGGUGGAGUUGUGGUAAAGUAGCUAGUUCAUGCUUGUUCUUCAAAAGAACUGAUGUCAUUUAUGGUGACUGAAACGCGUCCAUUCUGCAAAUCAGUUCUGGUCUUUUGUCUUUCCCUCUCCAGUAUUAUUCAAUUAUUCAAAACUUGGAGUCAUCAAAGGCCAUAAUAUUAAUGGUUAAAAUUUGCUCCUGCAAAUUCAGGGUCUGUAUUUUCCACAAUAUUCAGCAAAUGCUGUUACUUCCAGAAAUGCAUUGGAAUUGUUAAGUUCUUAAGUGUUUAGCCAAGUGUGGUUAAGUUUGAUGUUGAAGUGACAAAGUCUGAAAUGUUAGUUAAGAAUUGUUAUCACUGUAAAGAUUGGUGCAGAUUGAAUGCAACAUUCAUGCCCUUUAAGGCCAAACUAUUUUACUUUUCUCUGUCCAAUACUGAAUUUGUGAACCAAAUUUAGGUUCUGUAAUUCAUCUACCGUUAAUAUUUUCGAAUGUAAUUGACAGUUGCAGUGCGUCAACCAUCAUUUGCUUAUUUUUAACCAUCACUAAUGCUCUGAUUUACUUUGUAGUUGGAAGUGGUCACUAUUGACAUAAUUUGUGAAUCAACACAGGCAAUUCUUAAGCUGAAUAUAUGGGAAAAUGAAAAAUUAUGGAACAAACUUAACAAGAUACACGAAGGCCUCUUACAUUCUACCCAGGCUUUACCUAGAAUGUCAGUCAGAUUCAAGAGUGAACAUAAACUCAACUUCACUAUCCAUAUUUUAUGAUGCGUAGUAACCACAUUUAGAACAAAUACAUGAAUUGAAAUAAAUACAAAUCUUAAGACUGUUUUGACAUAAGAUUUGCAUUUUUCUUUACAGUUUCCACUUAAUGAAAAAGAAUGCUGAAUUUAAAAUAAUCUUUGUGGUAAAUUGUUUCCUGGAAGAAUAAUUAACUGUACUUAAAUUUGAGUCUGUGCCUUCUUACCUCUUCUUCUCCCCUCUCUCUCUCUCUCUCUCUCUCUCUCUCUCUCUCUCUUCCCCCCCCCCCCCCCCACUGCCCCCAGAACAAUAUUUCCCUUUCCUUGUUUCACAUUUCCCUCCAAACCACACAAGUUUUCUUUGUUUCACCAGGUAUUUGCAUAAAAGUAACUGGUAAAGAGCUGGCUGAGGGAAUGUUUUUGCAGUUUUUUUUCUGAUGUAGAGAAUAAAAGGACAAAUGUAACUUAA